AUGGAAAAGAAACUGGUCGCAUUAGGUAGAAUUGACAAAGGCGAAUCUUUAAAAACAACUGCAGCAUCAUAUAGUAUCGGUACAUCUACAGUAUCGGAUUGGAAGAAAAAUAGAACUAAAAUCGAAGAAUUUUGUUUCAAAAUGAUAAUAAAAGACAGUUUGGACAAUUGGUGCAAAGUUAAUAAAGCUAAAAAUGAGACUCUCGACGACACUUUGUAUGUGUGGUUUUGUGCGGAACGCGAACGUGGUUUACCAGUGUCUGGACCAAUUAUUCAAGAAUCAGCACUCAAGCUGAAUAAAAUGUUGCCUGAUUGUGAACCAAAUUUUACUGCGAGUCAAGGUUGGCUGGAUAGAUGGAAAAAACGUCAUGGAAUACGCCAACUAUCUGAUGUCUUAAACUUAUUAUAA